AAAUGGUCAGCGCGGACGCCUUUGCUGGCUUCCUCAAGAAACUUCACGAGACGCACCAAGCCGGGCCCCCGAUUGCCGUGCGUCUCGAUGGGUUUACGUGGCAGAAGCCGUUGACCAAGACAGACCCCGAGUAUAUAUUGCACGACAUCUCGGCCACGUUCCGGCCUGGCACGAUGACACUGAUUUUGGGUCCACCCGGUUGCGGCAAAACAGCGCUGCUCAAAACGAUCGCGGGUGUGUACCAUUACAAAGGUCCUCGCUCCAAAAGCCACCGACUGCACGGCGACGUGACGUACAACGGCAAGCCCCCCAACGCGUUGCCGAUGAAGCACCUCGCAGCCUUUGUGGGCCAGAAAGACGACCAUAUUCCGACGCUGACGGUCCAAGAGACAAUCGAAUUCGCCCACACGUGCCGCGCGGCCGCCGGUGAAGACGGCGUGUGGACGGCCAACGCCAUCAUCGACGGGCUCGGCCUGCGCGGCUGUGCGCACACGCUUGUCGGCAACGACAUGAUCCGCGGCAUCAGCGGUGGCCAGAAACGCCGCGUCACGAUCGCCGAGAUGCUCACGGGCAAAGAAAGCCUCGUGCUCCUCGACGAGUACUCGACGGGCCUCGACACGACCCUACGCGACAUGUGCUCGACGCUGCAGUACACAUUUGUCUGUUCGCUGCUCCAGCCGCCCCCCGAGGUCUACGCGCUCUUUGACAAUAUCAUUCUCCUCAACGCCGGCCACGUCGCCUAUAUGGGCCCACGCACGGCGGUCGCCGACUACUUUCGCUCGAUCGGGUAUGCCGCCCCCGCGCGCGUCGACGAAGCCGACUUUCUCCAAGAGGUCACCACCGACCUCGGCCAGAGCUACACGCUGCCGAUCGAGAACGGCUGCUCGCCGCGGCUCGCCGCGCUGCCGUCGACGCCCAGUGAGUUCCAAGCUGCGUUUGCGGCGUCCGCUUACUACGGUGCGCGCCACGGCCCCAACGCCGAGGUGCCAUCCACCGCGAUUUGUGGCAAGGCGCGUCCGCCAGCGUGGCGCACGUUUGGAAUGGUGUUCGCACGCCAAUGGAAGCUCGUGCUCCGGGACAAGCGCUUCAACCGCGUCCGCGUCGGCCAAAACACGGUGUUUGGGCUCAUCAUCGGAUCUCUUUUCUGGCAGGUGGGCUUUGGGCCGUCGACCGUGCCGGCCAAAGUCGGUCUCGUCUUUCUAACGAUCCUCUUUACGUCCGUCACGACGAUCUCCAACAUCGCCUACACGAUUGAAGUGCGCAACAUCUUUCACAAGCAAGCGUACUUUGGCUUUUACCCGCCGUUGGCGUACGCGUUCUCCGAGUCGGUGAUCGAAGUCGCGGCCGCGAUGAUUCAGGUUUUUCUGUUUACGAUCACGUCGUACUGGAUGUGCGGCUUUGCGGAUCCGGACGGGUCCGGCGCGGCGUACGGUUUCUACUACGUGGUCGUCUUUCUCAACUCGGUGUGCAUGUGUCAAGUGUUCAAGAGCGUGGCGUCCAUGGCGCCAACGCCGACGGCCGGCGUCUCGGGCGCGUCCGGCCUCAUUUUCCUCGAAAUCGUCUUUUCCGGGUUUGCGAUUCUGUACGACGUCAUGCCCAAGGGCCUCUCGUGGAUCUACUGGAUCAAUCCCGGCGCCUGGACCUUCCGCGCGCUCCUCAUCAACGAGUAUGGGUCGUCCGAGCCCGCAUACGAGGCGCUCCAGCCAGCGUUCAAGCUUCGCCUUGGUGACUACUACUUGACGCUCUACGGUGUCUCGCUCGACCGAAGCUACCGCCUCAACGGUGUCAUUUACCUGAUCGGGUUCUAUGCUGCCAUGGUGCUGCUCGCGACAGCAGGGUAUACCUAUGUGCGCCCGCGUGUUGUGCGUGCGACCAAGCACCAAUCGCGUCUGCAAUAUCAAUUCAACAAGAAAUCCCAGGCCACGUUUCGCGCGUCCGUCAAAGACGUCGUCAACAAGCACCCGGUCGAGUUUACCCCCACGUCGCUCUCGUUUCGAGACCUCUUUUACACCGUCCAGAUCCACCACAAGAAGGGCAAGGGCAAAAGCGCUGUCUCGGACACAGUCGUGCUUCUCCAAGGCAUCCAUGGCCACUGCCGGCCGUAUACGCUCACGGCACUCAUGGGCUCGAGCGGCGCUGGGAAAAGCACGCUCUUGGAUGUGCUCGCGGGCCGAAAGAACACGGGGGUUAUCAAAGGCAACCUGUACGUGAACGGCCAGCCGCUUACCAAGGCCGACCAAAAGCGGUUUGGCUACGUCGAGCAGACAGACAUUCACUGCAUGAAGACGACGCUCGACGAAGCCUUUCAUUUCAGCGCACUCCUUCGGCUGCCCGAGAGCGCGCAGAGCAACGCCAACAACAUUGUCGACUCGACGAUCCAUCUCUUAGAGCUCGUGACCGAGUCCAAGAAGAUGCUUUCGGAGCUCUCGAGCGAGCAAAUGAAGCGACUCACCAUCGGCGUCGAACUGGUCGCGAACCCGUCGGUGCUCUUCUUAGACGAACCGACGAGUGGGCUCGAUGUGCACGCUGCCCACGUUGUCAUGGUCGCCGUCAAACGCAUUGCUGCGGCCGGCCGGACGGUGAUUUGCACGAUCCACCAGCCGAGUUUGUCGCUCUUCGAGUUGUUUGACGAGCUCAUUCUACUGCAAGCGGGCGGGCGCACUGUCUACUGCGGCCCGAUUGGGCUCGAAAGCGCCGAGCUCCUUCGGCACUUCGAGUCGAUUCCAAACGUCCGCGCGUGCGGCUUGACUGAGAACCCCGCAACGUACAUGCUUGACGCGCUCGCGGGCAAUCCGUCGAUCGACUUUCACGAAAUUUACACCAAGUCGGAGAUGCAAGCGCGCAACCUCCAAGCCAUCACUACGGUCACGUCGCACAAUGCACCGGCCUCGCACGCGCUUAUCACCAAGUCCACCGAGCGCCCGUCGUCGGCGUUCGCGCAUCAAUUCCGCCUCCUCCUGCUGCGCACGGGGCGUAAGUAUUGGCGCACCAAGGACUAUAGUAUUGGUCGCCUCGUGGUUGGCAUCUUUGUCGCGUGCUUGCUCGGAAUCCUCUGCUCGGUGCCUGAGCUCCAGUACUCGACCCAAGUGCAGUCGCAGCUCGGGAUUUGCUUUAUAUACCCCAUGUUCAUGGGCAUCAUUUCUAUCAACACGGGGCUGGCGGUCGUCGACGCCGAGCGCAUGGUCUACUUUCGAGAGACCUCCUCGGGCAUGUACGCGACGAGCCCGUACUCGAUCGUGUUUGGCCUCGUCGAAAUUCCGCUCGUGAUGCUCAAUGCUGUCAUUCACGUCGUCAUUUUCUACUACGCAGUCGGACUCAACACGGUCAACGCCGAGGCCUUUCCGUGGUUCCUCCUCUUCUUCUUCCUCUACACCUUGUACGCUACGUACCUCGGCCAGUGGCUCGUCGUGACGCUGCCGGACUUGCGCACGGCCACGAUCCUCUCGGGGGCGCUGAGCUCGAUUUUUUCGAUUUUCAGCGGCUUUUUCAUCCAUUACGACAGCAUUCCGACCGGGUGGCGCUUCCUCUACUGGAUCUCGCCGCUGCAUUACGUGCUCGAGGGCGUCUUUGGCACGCAGUUUCUAUUGAACAACAGCACGGUGCUCAUCGGGUCGCCGUCCAAAGUGCUCUCGCCGCACCCCGUCGCGGUCAAAGACUUUGUCACCGACAUGUUUGGGACCUCGAUCAAGUACGAGAACCGCGUCUACGAUGCGCUCGCGCUCGUCGUCUGGAUCAUAGCGCUUCGCAUUGGCAACGUCGUCUCGCAAAAGUACCUCUCGAGUGUGUCGCGCUAAUCCAUACUAUCAAUGCCAGCGAUGUAUUUUAUUGCAA